GAGCAGAGAAUUUGCGCGUCUUGGUGCGCUGCGGAGUUGUGUGCCAAUACAACUGAUGCCACCUCCAGGCAUUGCAUCCAAGUAAAUCUCGGCAGGGAGACUAGAGGAAUGGCUGCGGCAAACAACGGAUCAAACACAACUAGGACCUUUACAAAUCAGUUCGUACAACCGGCUUGGCGCAUCGUGCUAUGGUCGGUCGCGUACAGCCUUGUGCUCGCGGUAGCGGUUUUUGGGAACCUGAUAGUGAUUUGGAUCGUAUUAGCGCACAAGAGGAUGCGAACCGUGACAAACUACUUUUUACUCAACUUGGCUUUCUCUGACGCCUUAAUGGCCGCGUUCAACACCUUGAUUAAUUUCAUAUACGCUGCUCACGGCAAUUGGUACUUUGGAGAAUCAUACUGCAAGUUCCACAACUUUUUCCCUGUCACAGCAGUGUUUUCAAGCAUCUAUUCAAUGUGCGCAAUCGCAGUCGACAGGUACAUGGCCAUCAUCCACCCGCUGAAACCACGGCUGUCAGCUACAGCUACCAAGGUGGUGAUCGUGUGUAUCUGGGCGCUGGCCGUGGUGCUGGCCUUCCCCCUCUGCUUCAACUCCACCAUCCGUAUCCUGCCCCGCCGGACCAUAUGCUACGUGGCCUGGCCCCGGCCCUCGGAUGACUCCUUCAUGUAUCAUAUCAUUGUGACGGUGCUGGUGUAUGUGCUGCCCCUAGUGGUGAUGGGUAUCACCUACACCAUUGUGGGGGUGACGCUGUGGGGAGGAGAGAUCCCAGGGGAAGCAUCAGACAACUACCACAGCCAGCUCACAGCCAAGAGGAAGGUGGUGAAGAUGAUGAUCAUUGUGGUGGUGACUUUCACCCUCUGCUGGCUGCCGUACCACGUCUACUUCAUCGCGACGGGCCUCAACAAGGCUCUGAUGAGGUGGAAGUCCAUCCAGCAGGUCUACCUGUCAGUGCUGUGGCUGGCCAUGAGCUCCACCAUGUACAACCCCAUCAUCUACUGCUGCCUCAACAGCAGGUUCCGGGCGGGCUUCAAGCGGGUGUUCUAUUGGUGCCCGUUCGUCCGGGUAUCCAGCUAUGACGAGCUGGAGCUGCGCAACAACACCACCCGCCACCAAUCCGGUCACCAGGGCAGCAUGUGCACCCUCUCCCGCGUGAACACCAGGACCAUCAUUCCCAACCAUCGCCACCACAGCUUCAAAAAGGCCGUCUCCAGUAGCCAUGGCAAUGCCCGUGUUAACGGAGAUAGCAAUGGUAACCAUGGCAACCAACCGGAGGUAGCCAAGUCUAACCUUUGUAGUGACCCCGAUGAUGUGGCUGACGAUCAGUUCUCGUGAGAUGUUGAUGACGACCACAACCGACUUCUAGAAUGUUCACGAGUGGUUUGGAAAGUCGUUGUCAACGUUUCGCCCUCUGAACUGUCCCUCAAACAUUCCAAGCAAGCCUUUACAUGUUUUUAUUUGACCAAACACAAGUAUUUCUCCCUGAGUUUGCUGCAAACGCAGUUGUUCUUUGAUGCAGUGAGAUUCAUUCCAUUUGCUUAGCUUUCAAAAGCAUUUAUUCCUGCCUUUUCUCAUUUCCACACCCCCAUCUCACGACACUGACUGGACAUCUGGUAGGCUGCUGUCUCAAAAGGCAGAUUCGUGGGCAGAUUUGUGACAUCUGGACUAAGCAGUGAAGGCAGAGCUUACCAGUAGUUACCAGCGUGUGUGUUUGUGCGCACAUCUAUUACUCACUGGCUAUUGCCUCAGGCAGUCUCCCACUGAAAGAUUGUUAUGAGGGGUUGGUGGUUGGGCAUAUAUACCACUGAUCAAACGUUUGGGGUCACGUAGAAAAUGUCCUUGUUUUUGAAAGAAAAUAACGUUUUUUUUGGUUCAUUAAAAUAACAUCAAAUUGAUCAGAAAUACAGUGUAGACAUUGUUAAUGUUGUAAAUGACUAUUGUAGCUGGAAAUGGCAGAUUUUUGGAUGGAAUAUCUACAUAGGCGUACAGAGGCCCAUUAUCAGCAACCAUCGACCUUAGUUAUCUUAGUUUUCUUUAUUAUUUUGGUAAGGUCAGGGUGUGACGAGGGUGGUUUGUGUAGUUUUUGUAUUGUCUAGGGGUUGUUGUAUAUCUAGGUGUUUAUAUGUCUUUGGUUGUCUAGAUUGGUUCCUAAUCAGAGGCAGCUGUUUAUCGUUGUCUCUCAUUGGGGACCAUAUUUAGGUAGCCAUAUUCCUUGGGUAUUUCGUGGGUUAUUGUCUAUGUGUAGUUGCCUGUCAGCACUCGGUUUAUAUGGCUUCACGUUAGUUUUGUUUUUUUGUUAGUUUGUUUAGUGUCCUUCGUGUAAAUAAAGAAGAAUGUAUUCUAAUCACUCUGCACCUUGGUCUCCUCGUUAUGACGAACGUGACAUCACUCCUGUGUUCCAAUGGCACGUUGUGUUAGCUAAUCCAAGUGUAUCAUUUAAAAAAGGCUAAUUGAUCAUUAGAAAACCCUUUUGCAAUUAUGUUAAAACAGCUGAAAACUGUUCUGAUUAAAAACCCAAUAAAACUGUCCUUCUUUAGACUAGUUGAAUAUCUGGAGCAUCAGCAUGUGUGGGUUCGAUUACAGGCUCAAAAUGUCCAGAAACAAAGAACUUUCUUCUGAAACUCGUCAGUCUAUUCUUGUUCUGGGAAAUGAAAGCUAUUCCAUGUGAGAAAUUGCUAAAUUGCUAACUGAAGAUCUCGUACAACGCUGUGUACUACUCCCUUCACAGAACAGCGCAAACUGGCUCUAACCAGAAUAGAAAGAGGAGUGGGAGACCCCGGUGCACAACUGAGCAAGAGGACAAGUACAUUAGAGUGUCUAGUUUGAGAAACAGACGCCUCACAAGGCAGCCUCAUUAAAUAGUACCCACAAAACACCAGUCUCAACAUCAACAGUGAAGAGGUGACUCCGGGAUGCUGGCCUUCUAGGAAGAGUUGCAAAGAAAAGGCCAUAUCUCAGACUGGCCAAUAAAAAGAAAAGAUUAAGGUGGGAUAAAGAACACAGACGCUGGACAGAGGAAGAUUGGAAAAAGUGUUAUGGACAGACAAAUGUAAGUUUGAGGUGUUGGGAUCACAAAGAAGAACAUCCGUGAGAUGCAAAAAAAAUACUGGAGGAGUGCUUGACUCCAUCUGUCAAGGAUGGUGGAGGCAAUAUGAUGGUCUGGGGGUGCUUUGGUGGUGGUAAAAUUGGAAAUUUGUACAGGGUACAAAGCUGCUGCUCCAGUUUCAACUGUUCUGCCUGCGGCUAUGGAAUCCUGACCUGUUCACCGGACGUGCUACCUGUCCCAGACCUAUUAUUUGACAAUGCUGGUCAUUUAUGAACAUUUGAACAUCUUGGCCAUGUUCUGUUAUAAUCUCCACCCGGCACAGCCAGAAGAGGACUGGCCACCCCUCAUAGCCUGGUUCCUCUCUAGGUUUCUGCCUAGGUUUUGGCCUUUCUAGGGAGUUUUUCGUAGCCAACGUGCUUCAACACCUGCAUUGCUUGCUGUUUGGGGUUUUAGGCUGGGUUUCUGUACAGCACUUUAGGAUAUCAGCUGAUGUACGAAUACAUUUGAUUUGAUUUAAAAGGGAUCUUGAAGAAUGAAGGCUAUCACUCCAUUUUGCAUCGCCAUGCCCUGUGGACGGCGCAGCCAAUUUCCUCCUACAACAAGACAACGACUCAAAGCACAGCUCCAAACUAUACAAUAACUAUUUAGGGAAGAAGCAGUCAGCUGGUAUUCUGUCUAUAAUGGAGUGACCAGCACAGUCACCGGAUCUCAACCCUAUUGAGCUGUUGUGGGAGCAGCUUGACCGUAUGGUAUGUAAGAUGUGCCCAUCAAGCCAAUCCAACUUGUGGGAGGUACUUCAGGAAGCAUGGGGUGAAAUCUCUUCAGAUUACCUCGACAAACUGACAACUAGAAUGCCAAAAGUCUGCAAGGCUGUAAUUGUUGCAAAUUGAUGAUUCUAUGACGAAAAAGCUAAGUUUGAAGGACACAAUUAUUAUUUCAAUUAAAAAUCACUAUUUAUAACCUUGUCAACGUCUUGACUAUGUUUCCUAUUCAUUUUGCAACUCAUUUCAUGUAUCUUUUCAUGGGAAACAAGGACAUUUCUAAGUGACCCCACACUUUUGAGCCGUAGUGUAUAUAACACAAAAUAAUGAAAAGGGAAGAUUGUUUAUUAAUGUGUCUUUCUGUACCAUAAUCAUACAUCCUUUAUCAGCUUGUCGUCAGUUCAGCAGACUGAUACCACACAGCUGGAAAUAGCUGUGAACUGUAUGCCCUGAUAUUAUAUUGUUUUUAGAGAGAGAGAGAGAGGGAGAGAGAGAGGCACCUGGGGAAAUAUAGAGUAUUCAGUGUUUCUCUGUCAGCCCGCAAUUUCCUGAGUAUAAAUGAGAACGAUAGGAUGUUCCAUUUUGUUAUUAAAAUGUGUCUCAUAAGCUGCUUUUAUCGUUGUACGAAGUAUACAGUGACAUUUCAUUUUUAAAUAUAUGAGAUAUAUGUCAUAUGUAAGCGAGGAUUGUUUUUUGCUAUGUGAUAUACAGUGGGGAGAACAAGUAUUUGAUAACCUGCAAAAUCGGCAGUGUUUCCUACUUACAAAGCAUGUAGAGGUCUGUAAAUGUUAUCAUAGGUACACUUCAACUGUGAGAGACGGAAUCUAAAACAAAUAUCCACAAAAUCACAUUGUAUGAUUUUUAAGUAAUUAAUUAGCAUUUUAUUGCAUGACAUAACUAUUCGAUCACCUACCAACCAGUAAGAAUUCCGGCUCUCACAGACCUGUUAGUUUUUCUUUAAGAAGCUCUCCUGUUCUCCACUCAUUACCUGUAUUAACUGCAACUGUUUGAACUCGUUAUCUGUAUAAAAGACACCUGUCCACACACUCAAUCACACAGACUCCAACCUCUCCCCAAUGGUCAAGACUAGAGAGCUGUGUGAGGACAUCAGGGAUAAAAUUGUAGACCUGCACAAGGCUGUGAUGGGCUACAGAACAAUAGGCAAGCAGCUUGGUGAGAAGGCAAUAACUGUUGGCGCAAUUAUUAGAAAAAAGGAAGAAGUUCAAGUUGACAGUCAAUCACCCUCGGUCUGGGGCUCCAUGCAAGGUCUCACCUCGUGGGGCAUCAAUGAUCAUGAGGAAGGUGAGGGAUCAGCCCAGAACUACACGGCAGGACCUGGUCAAUGACCUGAAGAGAGCUGGGACCACAGUCUCAAAGAAAACCAUUAGUAACACACUACGCCGUCAUGGAUUAAAAUCCUGCAGCGCACGCAAGGUCCUCCUACUCAAGCCAGCGCAUGUCCAGGCCCGUCUAAAGUUUGCCAAUGGCCAUCUGGAUGAUCCAGAGGAGGAAUGGGAGAAGGUCAUGUGGUCUGAUGAACCAAAAAUAGAGCUUUUUGGUCUAAACUCCACCCGCCGUGUUUGGAGGAAGAAGAAGGAAGAGUACAACCCCAAGAACACCAUCCCAACCGUGAAGCAUGGAGGUGGAAACAUCAUUCUUUGGGGAUGCUUUUCUGCAAAGGCAAAGGGAACAGGACGACUGCACCGUAUUGAGGGGAGGAUGGAUGGGGCCAUGUAUCGCGAGAUCUUCCCUCCUUCCCUCAGUAAGAGCAUUGAAGAAUCAUGACAACGACCCGAAACACACAGCCAGGGCAACUAAGGAGUGGCUCCGUAAGAAGCAUCUCAAGGUCCUGGAGUGGCCUAGCCAGUCUCCAGACCUGAACCCAAUAGAAAAUCUUUGGAGGAGGCUGAAAGUCCGUAUUGCCCAGCGACAGCCCCGAAACCUGAAGGAUCUGGAAAAGGUCUGUAUGGAGGAGUGGGCCAAAAUCCCUGCUGCAGUGUGUGCAAACCUGGUCAAGAACUACAGGAAACGUAUGAUCUCUGUAAUUGUAAACAAAGGUUUCUGUACCAAAUAUUAAGUUCUGCUUUUCUGAUGUAUCGAAUACUUAUGUCAUGCAAUAAAAUGCUAAUUAAUUACUUUAAAAUCAUACUAUGUGAUUUUCUGGAUUUUUGUUUUAGAUUCCGUCUCUCACAGUUGAAGUGUACCUAUGAUAAAAAAUUACAGACCUCUACAUGAUUUGUAAGUAGGGAAACCUGCAAAAUUGGCAGUGUAUCAAAUACCUGUUCUCCCCACUGUACAGUGGUGUAUACUUACUGUGGUUAAGGCAAUUUUUAGCACUUUAAUCACUGAGGGAUAAACGCAGACACACACACACACACACACACACACACACACACACACACACACACACACACACACACACACACACACACACACACACACACACACA